AUGAUACCCUUACUUGCUGAUUUCAAAUUGGACAAUGAUAUAUUAUAUAUGAUCCCACAUGCGUUAAUUGGUGGAUUAUUCCUGCUAUCAGUGUUCCCAAGAAUCUCGGAACCAUUACGCCUGAAGUUUCAAAUUUCCGCUCACUUGGUUUUAUCUCUGUUGUUCUUCUUUGCUGCCCCAUUUUUCUUGAAAGCAACGAUAAAGGGGCAUUUUACCAACGUUCAUGGAUUCAUUCAAGCUUUCUGCGCUUCUCUACACGUUGGAGCUGGAUUCUUCAUGUGGAAAACUCAAAAGCUUGGAAAGCCAGAGCGUUCUGUGAUUUUCUCACGUCUUCUAUCUUCUCUCAUCUGUUUGAUCUUCCGUCUAUUCGCUUACAUGCAUAUUUCAGCCAAGUCCGCAAAAGGGUUGGAACUCUCAAAUCAGGGAAAAGGUUCAUUCUACAUCGAAAAUGCAUUCUAUUUGGACGCCGGAGUCACUCUUGUCUACGCAAUUAUUCACAUUUCGUUCCCACAGCAUGUGCUCAGUUUAAUUCUCAAACCGGACGUCAAGCUGGACUCCCAUCAUUACUUAUGGUGCCGCUUGUAUGGUGCCCUGAAUUUGAUCCCUGUGAUCACAUCAAUGAAUGCGCGCUUCUACUCUCCCGAGAUGCAGACUGGAUAUAUUGCAAGUCGUCUACUGUCUCAAUGCACUGUCUUCAUGCUCAACAUUUAUGGUCACUGGCUUCUGAUGAUAUACUCGCCUAAUCACAUCACAGCAUUCAUGCUCAGUGGAUUCUUCACAUCAUUCCUGUUCUCGGCAUUUCAUCGGAUUCACAAAAACUAUUAUGGGACUGAGGUCGAAGAAGAGAUUUAUGAGGAUGUUGUUGAGAGUGAUAAGAAAACGGAUUAA